AUGGCACAACCCGUGCCUCAUCAUGCGACGGACAAGAAACGCGUCAAGGUCUACGAGCUGCGCAACAAUGACUGGUUCGACCGAGGCACCGGCUUCUGCACCGCUGCUUUUAUGCAGACGGAAGAUGGCCAACCUCGCGACCCCCGGGUCAUUGUCGAAUCGGAAGACCACCCCGACCGGCUGCUAUUAGAGACCAAGAUUUGCAAGGAAGACGGCUUCCAAAAACAGCAAGGCAAGCUGCACAUUGAUGCUUCGUCUGGCGCAUAUCGACUGACUGAAGAAACAGAGACCCUGAUCGUCUGGACGGAACCCAGCAACGGCAUCGACAUGGCCCUGUCUUUCCAGGAGGCUGAAGGGAAAUUCGUCAACAGCGUACAGCAGACCUUCCAGGGCGGGCUGGUCGCAGCGGAUGACAGCCUCUCCGACGACCUCGCCAUGGAGCUGCCAAGCACCAUCAGUCUCCCUGCGGCAGAGAUUGGAAACCUCCCAGAGAUUGAGGCCAGCAUGCGCAUCAUGAGCCAAACGGCCAGCGGGCGAGACGCCUUGGUCAAAUGCCUGACGCCUCCGGGUGACUACAUUGCCCGCCUGCUCCCUUUGGUCGAGAUGGCCGAAGACCUCGAGAGCCUCCCCGACUUGCACCGGCUGUGCAACAUUAUGAAGAACAUCAUCCUGCUGAACGACACCGCCAUCAUCGAAGCGGCGGUAUCGGACGCAUUCGUCAUCGGAGUGGUCGGCGCCCUCGAAUACGACCCCGACUUCCCGAGCCACAAGGCGAAUCACCGACACUGGCUGGGUAACCAGGGGCGAUACAAGGAGGUGGUCCCUAUCGAGGACGACAACAUUCGCAAGAAGAUCCACCAGACAUAUCGCCUACAGUACCUGAAAGACGUCGUGCUCGCUCGCAUCUUGGACGACCCUACGUUCUCCGUCCUGAAUUCGUUGAUCUUCUUUAACCAGGUCGACAUCGUCCAGCACCUGCAGGGCAAUUCCGGGUUCCUCAGCGAACUCUUCAGCAUCUUCAAGCCGACCCAGCCGGACCAGAAGAAGAAGAAGGACGCCGUGCUCUUCAUCCAGCAGUGCUGCGCCAUCGCGAAAAACCUUCAGCCGCCGGCGCGCCAGACGCUAUUCGCGAACUUCCUCCAUCACGGACUCUUACAGGUCAUCAACUUUGGCCUGCGUCACAACGACGUGGGCGUCCGCGUGGGUGCAACUGAUGUUCUCGUGGCUCUGAUCGACCACGAUCCCCAGUUGAUCCGUCACACAAUCUACCGACAAAUCACGGAACGCACAGUGCCACUUACCGAUUCCCUCAUCGAUCUCCUUUUGGUGGAGUGCGAUCUCGGUGUAAAGUCACAAAUUUCAGACGCGGUGAAGGUUCUCCUCGACGUGGUACUGAGCCAACACCCCCCUCCACCAGAGCCUGUCAUCGCCCCCAAGGCCAGUGCGGAAUUCAACUCUCGGCGACACAUUGACGUACAGCAAGAUGUAUAUGUUAACACCUUCUACAUCAACUCGGCGCCGCGUCUCUUCAAGCCACUCUUCGACUUGAAGGAGCGCAAGGACAUGACCUUCCCGCUUCAGCAGGCCUCCAUAUUCACGUAUUUGAUUGAAAUUUUGUGCUUCUUCAUCAGGCAGCACGGACAUCGCGCGAAGCAAUUCAUUCUCGAGCAUGACGUGCUUCGUCGAGUGGCUCAGCUGCUGGCGUGCCCGGAGAAGUAUCUGAAACUGGUUGCCGUUCGCUUUUUCCGCACUUUGGCAAACUUGCAGGACUCCUUCUGGGACAAGCACAUUAUGGAUCACGGGAUCUUGCUGCCGCUCCUCGACCUGGUGUCCAAGUCGAUGCCUCGUGACAACCUGCUCAGCUCAGCUUGCCUGGAGUUCUUUGUCUACAUCAACGCACAGGAUAACAAGAAGGACUACUGCAAGUUCUUGGUCCACAACUACCGAGAACGAUUGGUCGCGCUCAGCUACGAGGACACCUUCAAGUCCAUGGUCGCUAACUUCGACCAAACGCAAGGCUUCACUCUCGACCUCUACAACGAGUCGGAAGAGGACCACACAAAGAGGAUGGGCAACCCUCACACAAGGCUGGCGGAACAGCUCCACGUGGACAGCGAGCAAGACGAGUACUUCAACACGUCUGACGACGAAGAGAACCCCGAGGCUCAGGCGUUCGAUAAGAUGAAUGCGACAAAUGGGUUUGACGGGUCGACGACUUCAUCAAAACCACUGGUGGACUACCCCUCAGAUGACGAGGCGGACGAGAACGCGGAAAACACGGACCCCGAGGUCUUGCCAACAUCGGGUGAAAAGCAAGAGGAAGCAGAUGGCACUUCCGAUACGAGCAGCGAGUCGUCGUCGGUGGCGCCACCAGAACGACUGUCGGAAAAGCGGCGUCGUGAAGAGGACGACGACGACGAGCUCGGCAAGAUGAUGCAGAACAAGCGGAGGAACAGCAGCUCCGCGGGCUCGAACGCUGCCAUGACGUCGGGCAUCGUCAGGAAGAAGAAGAGCUUCGCAGACCGGACGAAUCCGGCAGCGCCAAAGAAAAUUGCCAUCAGCAUAUCACCAUCCGUAAAAACGGGCGGUACGGCAAGGUCGGACGACGAAUCGUAG